AUGCUGAAACCGUUAAAAGAUUUGCUUACCUAUUUGCAAAGAAAUGCUAACAGUUCAAACAUUUUCGGGUUAACAACGCCAACAUCCACAACCACAAUGGGUCCAAAUGAAAAUCCAAGGAUUGAUGAAACGAUGAUUGAGAGUGACGAUCUGCUACUGGAAGAUGUCGAUCCCCUCAACGAUCCGCUCGCUCUGGAUGAUUGUUCCGGUGCGGAUUUAAACUUGUCCAGUACGAGUGUUGGCAAUGAGGACGAUGAUGGCAAAAUAAUCCUAGUCGAUGUGACUACACUGAAGCCCAAAGAACUCCAAGAUGAGAUUGAAACGGACGACGAUGAAGAUGUCGCACGGAAAGUGGAUGAACAAGCAACAGUAGAAUAUGAUGAAGAACCUAUGGAAGACGUGUCGGUCGUGUUAGCUGAUUUAACGGAAACAGAAGCGAAUGGCAUAGAUGUAUCGUCUACCAGCGAGAGUAAUGUCGAUGGUGUCAUUGUAAUAGAGAACGACCGUACAGAAUCGAUUUCCUCCACCCAGUUGGAUUCUAAUGCCGUUGUCGAAAACGAUAGAAGGCAUGCGUCUCCAUUGCUGGAUGAUGAUCCAGUAGAAGAAGAAGAAGGUGAAAUCGUUGUAAAACGGAUACUGAUUGAUUCUGCACAGUACGCUGAUGAAGUCGAUGCCGUACCGGAUAGCAUAGAGCAGUGUACAACAUCGGUUGAGACAACAACCGAACAAAUUCAGGAAGCUAAUGGAGGAGAAGAGGAAGAAGAAGAAGCAAGUGAUGGUUCCGAUUCGGGAUUGGGUUUGGAACCGUUGCGAAAUGUUGCCCCGUGUGGCACUAGUACCAGCAGCAGCACUAACAACAGUAGUAGUAACAGUCCGUUGCAGCAACCACCAAUCAAGAGCAGUCUGAAACGGCGCUCAAAACCACUGGACGAUAAUCCGUCUGCGCAGCAGCAAAAGGAGGAUGGAGUGAGCAGUCAGAAAAGGCCCAAGAAGGGUAUCACCUUCGAAGGAGUGACAGUUUAUUACUUUCCUCGUAUUCAGGGCUUUGGCUGUGUCCCGUCACAGGGCGGGUGUACUUUGGGCAUGGAGUUCCAGCACGUCCAUUCGAGACGAUUAACACUUUCGGAGCAUUCCGCCGAACAGCGGAAGGUACACCGGCAGCAGCAUCAGGAACUGAAUCCCCGCAGCUCAUCCAGUGAGGACACGAGCAGCGAAGAGGAACCGAGUGAGAGCGGUUCCGAAGCGGAGAGUGAAUCGUACGGGUUUUUGCAACCAGUUUCCACGAGGCAACGGCGAGCACUGCUGAAAGCGGCCGGUGUGCGCAAGAUCGAUCCAACGGAAAAGGAUGACUGUCGGGAGAUUCGAACCUCGCGUGAAGUGUGCGGUUGCACGUGCCGUGGCUUUUGCGAUCCUAACCGAUGUGCCUGCAGCCUGGCGGGCAUCAAGUGUCAGGUCGAUCGACCCAACUUUCCCUGUGGUUGUACACUAGAGGGCUGUGCGAAUACGGCGGGACGCGUCGAGUUUAAUCCGGGGCGCGUUCGGACCCACUUUUUGCACACCAUCAUGAAGCUGCAAAUGGAGGGAGACAAUAGGAAAGCGAUGGAACCGGGCAGCAGUACUGGUAAUGCAGCACUGCUGUCCCGGACGAGUAAUGCGAAUGCUAGCGCGAGUGAUACGAAUGACAGCAGUUAUGUGAUAGGUAGUGAAAAAAAUUGGUCAAACGGCCCGGUACGAUUACCAGCGAGUAUGGUCGCAUACGGUGCAGGAAUCCAUUCUGGCCCUUCUUCUGCUGUAAACGCAAUGGCUGAUGGGAUCGGUUCAAUGCAUCCAGUAGCGGUAGCGCACCACCAUCAUGCGCCUAAUCAUCUUUCGCACCUUCAGCCUCCGAUUGGGCAGCAGCAGGAUGGUUUGCAUCAUGGAGCUGCCAUACACCUACAGCACCAGCAGCAUCAUCAUCUGUCACAUCAAGCUUCGCCGUAUCUAAAUCAUCAUGGCACAGAUUCAGCGCAUCAAAAUUAUCUGCUUACGUCAAACUCGACCGCCUCGCAUCUGAUCGGUAGUGCCGAUCUACAAUCAGCAUCAUCGGAGUCACUCGAUCUGCAGUAUCCUUUCCGAGAUUAUUAUUCGGGAAUGGAAGGAGGGUCGGGAGGUGAGAGCAGACAUGUAGCAGGAAUGCCAAUGCAUCAGCGGCCUUCCUGUACCAGCACCGAACCGCCUUUAACACUGCACCCUGACAUGUACUACAGAGCGAACUAUCCGGGGUACGUGGAUGGAGGGACAAGUACAACGGCACACAUAGAUCAUUACCAGCAGGACUCAAUGUUGCCCUUACAUGUGGCCAAUGUCGACAACUCUAGCUUAGCACAUCAGCAUAUGCUUACGACGGGGCACGAUCGGUCAUUGCAGAGUGGUCCGUACGGGAAUCACCAUGAACACCAUAACCCGGGCAACGUGCCCAUAUUGCCGGGGGAAAAGGGACCAAACUGUGCCAACAAUCAGUCCAGUGUGCCGAAAGUGCCUCAACAUAGCGGAAGUAGUGACGAUCCCUCGGCUACAGUAUCGCUCGACACGCCCUCUGAAUCGAAUUUCUCCCGUACCGAUCCAACGUCACUCACUGUCGCCACUUCAGAAAACUGUGAUCUCAACGUAACCGUCAUUAGUGACACAUCCAUCAGUUCGAACGGGACAAGCGAUGAAGUAACGAUUGUGGAGUUCGACGAUAUGCCUAGAGACGUUAGCGUGAUCAUUGAUGAUGAUGAUGAUGAUGAUAACGACGACGACGAUGAUGCUGAAGAUGCGAGGGUAGCGAACCGGAAUGCGGGUAACUUACGACCACACAUGAACACCCAAGCCAGCAGUUUCAUCGAUCUGACAUCGCCACAGGCCGACAACACGGAGCGGCUGGAAGCCAUUAACGAUUUGCUGGCAAACAGCCGCAAAACGCUCAGCAUCGUUCGACGGUCCAUCGCGGCAGAGGAGGAUGAUGAGUUGCGAGAUUUUCAACACCCUCCGGUUGAACCACCAAGCGUUGCUGUGUCCUACGAAGAGGACGAUGACGUUAUAUGCGUGGAUCAUAUAAUACGAUCGAUACAUCCUGGCAGUACGAGGGAAUAUGGGAACGAUGUUCCGGUGCGGGUGGAAAAUCAUGCCGGUAUGCGCUCACUUACCAACGGUACAACUGCAAAUGGUAGCGAUGACCAACGCCAGCACAAGCGAUUGCGAUGUCCCACCGUUGGGGAGGAAUCCGAUGGGGCGGUGCGGAAAAUGUCACACAAUCGAACCGGUACGGUCAGUUCUGUUUCGUCGUAUUCGUGCGAUGCAUUGUUGCUGGGAGAACGCGUGCCUGCGGCGGUGUCCAGUUCGUCCAGUUUGGUUGCGACUUCUGCGAGCUCACCGUCCGUUGGGACGCUAGAACCUAGUGAAAAUUUGUGUGAAAUUAUCAAAAACAGUAUCGUUGAAACCGCCGUUUCACAUUGA